AUGGGUACUUUUGUAUCGGGGGUGAUCGUUGAUGUUACGGCCGACUCGGACAGGAACAAGCGCGGCGCAGCACUAUGGAAGGGAAACGAAUUCGACAAAGUCGGGGAAGGUGCCGCCGGAGACCGCCAACCUCAAGUCAGACAGCCUGUGCGACGCAGUGAAGCAUCCAGAGCCCGCCUACCAAAGCGGAAAGCACACCUGCACCCAACGUUCGCGUCAGUGGAGCAGCAAGUCCGAUCUCCGAUGUUGGAGAGCUGGAAGCUGCGGCUCAUCCAGGGGACGCUGCUAAAACGCCGAAACGUCGAACUGGAUGUCGGAGUUGGCCUGACGGUGACCGAGACGGUGGCGGCGGCGCCUUCGGGCAUUGCCGGGUCUUCGGGGCAUUUUGUCGGGGUGGACCUCCGGGGCAAGUGGGGAUCCCCCGAAAGCCGGCCCCGCCUGGCCCCUCCAUCGUCGGAGUUUCGACAGGCCGUCUGGGCAGCUUCACGUGCGAGCGAAGAAUGA